CGUGUCGUGACAUCAUGUAAAGAGAUAUUAAAAAUAAUCUUUUAUAUACAUUGACGGAAAAAAACAACAAAAAGUGAAUAAAUAUUUUAAAGUUAAAUUUAUAUAUUAAAUAAAAAAAUAAUGCAUUGGUUUUUAAUAUUUUUAAAUAUUUUAUUAUUUUCGGUGGUUAUAGUUACAAGUGACAAUGGACCAAUUUAUGCGUGUUAUUGUAAAAUUCAUAUUAAUAAAAAGUUUCGUCAAGAGAUACUUUGUUCAAAUCCAUCAAUAUCAGAUAUUUCUAAACCGAGUAAACUGGAAGAUUGUCAAUUUAUGGAAGACGCUAACUCUUCACUUGAUCACAUAACAUCGCUUGAAAUAGAUAAUCCACCAUCAGGUGAAAUUGAGUGGUUAAUGAAAAAUGUAUCCAUAAAACUUCACAAUAUAAAAGAAGCUUUUUUUUAUGGAAACAGAUUUCAAGUCCAUUCAAACCUUUCGAAUUUUUUUAAAAGAAAUACAAAAAUAGAAGUUAUUGUGUUUAACUAUGUUACGUGUACUACUACGUGUACUACUACUUGGCCAAGUGACUUUUUUUCUAGUUUAGAGAAUCUUAAAAAAGUUGAAAUGAUUGGAAACGAACUGAAAAGUCUUCCUAAUGACUUGUUCUUGAAUAAUACUUAUCUAGAAAAGUUAAAUAUAUCAAAAAAUCAUUUGACAAAUAUUGAUCCAAUUAUUUUUAAAAAUUGUAAAAAACUGAAGGUUAUUGAUCUCUUCGACAAUGAGAUUAGUGAUACUAUAUCUUUUGAAAACUCUACAGAAUUAAUUGAGAUUUAUUAUCAAAAUAAUUUAAUUGAAAAUAUAACAAAUUCAAGUUUUAAAGGUUUACGUAAUUUGGAAAUUUUAUAUCUAUCUCAUAAUCUAAUUAGCAAAAUAGAGUGUGAUGCUUUUGAAGAUUUAAAAAAAUUAACUCAUUUAUAUUUGGAGAAUAAUCGGUUGCGAACAAUUGAACAUUGUCAUACGCGUAAUCUUUUCGAAUUAAAAACUGCAAUAUUAUCUCACAAUAACUUGACUAUAAAAAAUAAUGAAGAAAGCUCGAAGGCACUGUUUAAAAAUAGCACUUUAAUUGAAAAAUUGGACCUUGAUGAUAAUCAGAUAUCUGGAUUUUGUUUUUAUAAUAAGGAGGCGAUUCCUGGUGUUGAUAAUGCUACGGAAAUAAUCUUGUCGAAUAACAAAUUGACUUCACUAUCGAAUGUACAUCUUCAUGAUACAUCAUAUAAAAAAAUCAAACUCUAUGUGAGUAACAAUAAUAUAACAUCAUUAUUUUAUCCAAAUGAAAGUGAAACUUCCGAUAAAUUUAACAAUAAUCAUGUAGAGGUAUUUGCUGAUAAUAAUCCAUUGAAUUGUGAUUGUAAUUUACAUACAAUGAUUCAACAUAGAAAUAAAGCAAAUCGUACGAUUGAAUUCCGUAACUGGACAAUUCAUAUGGACAAUUUAAAAUGUAAUGAGCCAAGCUUGCUCAAGAACACACCUAUCGAGAUAUUUGAAUCUAAAACAUAUAAAUGUCUACUGAAUGAAUCAAAUAUUAAUUAUGCAAAGUGUCCAGAUAAUUGUUCAUGUUGGAGGCGACCGUCAGACAACUCAUCAACUAUCAUUGAUUGUUCAUCAAAAAACUUAACAAGUGGACCAAAUUCAAUACAUCUUUUAUUUGGACACCAAAUAGAAUUAAAUUUGUCAAACAACUUAUUAAGCAGCAUGCCAUUGAGCUCUCAAUCUGGAUACGGAAAUGUUACAAUUUUAGAUCUUUCAUACAACAAUAUUACUCAUCUGACUCAUGGAGGUUUACCUGCAAAAUUAAAAAUUUUGUACAUGCAUAAUAAUAAGCUAAUCAAAAUAGAAAAUAAUGUGUUGGGUUAUAUGAGGAAUAGUUUGAAGAUUAAGGAGUUAACUUUGCAUGAAAACUCUUUUGAAUGCGAGUGUGAUCUUGAAGAUUUAAGUGAUGAUUUACAGAAUAAAAAUUGGAGCCAAUCCGAGAAAGAAAAAAUCACAUGUGGACCGUCAAAUCGUCAGGUUUAUAAAUUAUCAAAACAAGAAUUAUGUCCUCCAAAUUAUGGUUUAAUUAUUACGAGUUGUAUUGUUCUGGCUUUUGUGGCAAUUGACAUUUGUAUUGUAAUAAUAAUUUUUUAUCGGUAUGAAGAAAUAAUUAAAAUUUGGCUAUAUGAAAAACAAUGGCUUUUAUUCUGGGUGACAGAAGAAGAAUUAGAUAGAGAUAAAUACUACGAUGCUUUUAUCAGUUACUCGCAAAAAGACCACGAUUUUGUGGUUAAUAAUUUGGUGAAAAAUUUGGAAAAAGGUCAACCACCGUUCAAACUGUGUGUUCAUGAGCGAGACUGGCUUGCUGGUGAACAAAUACCAACUCAAAUUAUUCAGUCAAUUGAAAACUCCAAGCGUACGAUCGUUGUUUUAUCAUCAAAUUUUUUGGAAAGCGAUUGGGCUAACAUUGAAUUUCGAACUGCACAUCGUCGAGCACUUGAAGAUCGUAGAACCAGAGUUAUUGUUAUUAAAUAUGGAGAACUUCCACCAAUUGAAACUUUUGAUAGAGAAUUGCAAAGCUACUUGAGCAUGUAUACAUAUCUUGAGUGGAAAGAUCCUUCGGUUUGGUCAAGGUUACGAUUUGUAAUGCCCCACAGAACAAGAAGUCGCCGACCACAAUGUACUAGAACUAUUACAAUCGAUAACCCAGAUGAAAUGACACGAGAGACUCACCUGUGAAUGUACAUUUAUAUAUUUUAUAAAAUAUAAUAUGUAUACCUAAUUUGUGCAUCAUCAAAAAAUAUCUUUAUGAAUCAUGCAUCACUAAAUUUUAAUCCAUAAUCUUUUUGAAAUUAUUUUAUAUGUGAAUA